AAUCUCAGGUUAAGUACAACUGCUUUAAACAAUGAGUUUUUUGCCAAAGCAUGCAUGGAAUGGAAAGACAGACUUUCAGAAGGUAAUACUUUAUUUCACUUGUAAUAUUUUUUAGAAUGCUUCUUUAACUUUUCUUCAUCUGAAACAUACUAACUCCAUAUUUUGACGAAUCUAUAGCUUUCAAUUAGUGUACUAAUUUUUUAUUGUAAAAAAUUGUAUCUGCUGUGGAAUCAAAUAAGUUACACUUGUAUUUCUCCAGGAGAAUUUACAACAGAGAAUCAACAGCGUUUGAAGCUGGAUGAAGAAAAAGAAGAGAACAAGAUGGAGGAGUGGAAAGUAUGAUAAUAUUUUAUAAAAGGAUUAGUUCAGUGAAAAUAUCUUAUUUGUCUCUACUAAUUGAGGCAAGCAACCACUUUGAAGCUUGUAAAACUGGGAAGAGGUGCAUAAUCUAGAAUAAUAAUUCCAGAUGACGCUCCAUAUACCCACUAAUGCUUAGUUGUAUUGACCUUCAUUUGCCUUUUUUUCAGGCAUAUAUAACUUGUAAGUUUUAAAUGAGUGGUGGAUAAUGAAUGUGUUCUUUUGCAUGCUUUUGGGUAUAGUGAUGGUGAGGAGUGGAAGAGAAGCCAUUGAGAGUGCAUAACAAUAAACCAUGAGAGCAGUUUUCACAAGAUCCACUUUAUAUGUAUAUCUUGAAUUAUAUUUUUGACAUUGCAGUGUUUUUUUUAUCUAAAUUAUUAAAAAUCCUUGCAUUAUAGAAUGUGUUUAAAAAAAUUCCUGAUACAAUAUUUUAAGUUAUCUGAUCUGUUAGUUUUUUUUUAUUAUUUUUUUUUUAAUGUUUUUUUAAAGUCUUAUUUAUUUAUUUUUAAAUUUCUUUUUUCACAGGCUAAACAUUUUGAACCAGUUUGGGGUCAUUGGUAAGUUUAUGUUUACCAUAAUUUGUGUGUAAAUCUUUUCUUAAUCUGUUGAUGUAAUGUAAAUAUUUGAGAAAUGCUUUGAUUGUAAGUGCUGACCUCUGAAACAUAAAUAAACCAAAAAGGAAAAUGAAACAAAUUUAGCUAUUUUUACAUUUGAUUUUUUUUUUUUAAUUUGAUAAAAUGUAUUUUUUCUUCUGCUUUUGUAGCUAACUUUCUUUAUUUCUAUUUUUUUUGUUCAAAAUUUUUGUACCUUAAUUUCUGUUUUCAAAUUCUAGCAAAAUUAUGUCAGAUGUGCCGAAAGCUACUGGACCAUCUCCCAACAAGUUGAACUCCAUUUUAGACAAUCAGAUAUCAAAGUCCAAACCUGUUCUGAAAACCAGCAUGCGAGUAUCUUCCAUGAUUCACAAGCGUUCACUCAGCCGGGCCAUAAGGGCCAGUGUAGAAAGUGCUCUUCCUGCAAAUAAAAAAUUAUCUCAGACAGUUGAUGGUGUUAAUGACAUCUCUGUAAAUCAUUGCUCAUCAGAUGCCAAUUCUUCAGCUUCCCCUUUGCAAGCUUCCAGCUCAUCAGCAUCAGAGUCAUCUCCCAAUUCAACCUCGUCCUUGUCAAGCAACAACUCAUCACUUGAUUCAGUGAUUGCUGCUAACAGGGAAGCAUUAGCAAAGCAAGUAGAAAAACUCAGGUUAGUAGAAGAUUGAGGGGAGUAAAAGAAUAUUGCCCAUAAAAUUUAAUGGAUUAGUAAAUAUAAAGGAUGUUAUAUUAUUAAAGGCUUUUUGUAACACCAAGUUUGAAAAUUUGAUGUACCGGUACUUAAUUUAAUAUGAUGCAACAUUAUAUAAAUGAAAGAUUAGUUUAUAUCCUAUAUAAAUUAAUGCACUAGUAGUUUUGAUCAUUCCAAAAUCCAGGCGACUAUAUAUAUAUUGUGUGUGUGUAUAAAGAAGAUGUAGUGCAUAUAUUAGGCACAGGAAAAUAAAUAUUAAAUUUCCUUUUGAAUUCCUCAUUAAUUGUUCUUGUCUGGCUUCCAGGUCUGAAGACAGAACAGAAAUAUUAGGAGUUACACCAGCAAAGAAAAGACGUGUCACUGGUUCAUCUUCUUCUACACCGGGCAGACCACCUCAACCGAUGCAAGCUACAGCUAGGACCCUAGCUCAGAUCAGGGCCCAGACUCAAGCUGCUAGAGCUAAACCACACAAUGUCGUGUCCCCAAAUCACAAAACACAGCCAUCAGGCGCCACGUCCCCAACGUCUUCAAAUUCUUCACAGGGUGUCACCAGAACAGUCACCAUGACAUCAACAGGGAUCAUAAUCAAAACUCAGGGACAGACAAGGACAUUGGCCCAAAUUAAGGCUCAGACACAGGCGGCCAGGACUGGCACAUCUGCUCCCGUGGCCCCUCCUUCAUCACAGAAUAACCAGACGAUGCGCAGUUUACUAUCCAGUGGUCCCCUCAACAAAGCACCAACUCAGACAAGAACUCUGGCACAAAUAAAAGCUCAGACCCAAUCAAGAGCUCCAAUACAACCUCAGGUAAUCAAGCCAUCCCUGUCGGCGUCAGCCGAGGCUGUUAAACCUCAGCAUAUGCCAAAUAUUUUAUCAGCCUCUGCUACUGCCAAGCACAGGGCAUCACCUGAUCAACAGGUGACAUCCACGGCGGAUAUAAACUUAAUGAGAUCUAUGCAGAUUUGCCAAGCAGAGUUGGAGAAAAGCCUGAGCAAAUCUACUUCUGGAGGGAACAAUCUUGUGACUUCAGUGCAACCUCCAAAAACACCAACGCCACCCCCUUUGCAAAUCAGCAGUGCCUCAAAAUUUGUGUUUACUCAGUCCGUUCCGGGACCAGGUAAUAAUGUCAAUAAUGGUCGUGUGGCUAGCAGCCCCUCUCCGCAACACCACUUCAUUCAGCCAGUUUCCCCUGCGAAACCUACUUCCUGUUCAGGCACUCCAACUACUCUGGUCAUCAACAGAGGCAGGGUUUCACCUGCCAUCCCCAAGUUUGGAGCUGUGGUAACCUCCAGCGCUCACACAGUAGACAAUGCCGGUAAUAAAAUCAUAUUUGUAUCAAAUGUUAUCAGUCCUGUCAAAGACUCACAGAGUACUCUAUUUUUGUUAAGCACCAGCAGUACUCAGGACUUCAAUUCUGGGACCAUAAAAGUGUCGGCUCCUUCUUCCUGUAUUCACACUACAGCAGUUUCACCAUCAUCUGUGACUGGGCUUAGCACAUCCAAUUCAAAUCAAGUUCACAGGAGGUUCCUUACCCAGGAUGCCCUGAGAGCUUUCCUUAAUGCGCCUCCACGUGCUGCCAGCGCUCCCCCUAAUAACCCUGACACUAAAGUUGAAACACCAACUACAGCUGCAAUAGUUAGAUCAGCAAGUGUUGGCCACAAUGGAAUUUUACAGCCUCAGCCAACAUCUUCAUCUACCCCAUCCCCAACCACACCCACACCUCCAACACAUCAAACAUUCACAGUGUCUCUUGGGGACCUUCCUCAGGGCAUCACUAUACACAAUUUUACCAACCCAACUUUGCAUGCGACUGGAAAUAUCUUGAUACCCAAUAACCAAAUUCGAGUACUUUCCAGGACAUCAUCAUCAGGGACACCAUCUCCAGCACCACCACCCUCCUCGCCGUCAAAAAUUUCUGGCAGUUUUUGUGUGCAUAAAGUUGACCUCUCAGCAGGCACGCCGACUAUUCCCAACCCCAUCCCACCCCUCAGGUUCUCACCCUCUCCCAUCAUAGCCCCUAUUGCUAGUCAGACUCUAUCAGGGAAAAAAUUAGGCACAGCCCGCAUCAUCCAUGUAUCGGGACCAGGUAAAACUUUACCAGCAGGGACACAGCUGACAAGCCCAGUCAAACUUGGAAGUGUUGUUAACAUUCAACCUAUUAAGCCCAUCAAUGUAUCCAAUACACAGCAAGUGGCCCCAAUCCGAUCAGCCACUGUUCUCAAUGUACAAACAUCUCAGUCUUGUGAACAUCAUUCAGGAAUCCCUAAUGAUCAGGGAUCUGGUGGAACUAAUUGUGCUUGUAACCACAAGGCCAUGGUCAUUUGCAAGAAAUGUGGUGCUUUCUGUCACAAUGACUGUAUAGGACCUUCUCGACUUUGUGUUACAUGUUUGAUAACAACCUAA